ACUGCCCAGGUGGAGCCGGCGCCCCUGCCACCGCCGACGGGCAGGCGCACAGGCACCGCGCCGGGGACCGCACCGAACCGAUCCACGCGGGGCAGAACUGAGCCGCAGCCUCGCUCACCGCCCAGGACCCGCUCGUCACCACCACCUCCGCGGCACCCAUGGGGACCAGGAGACUUUAAAGGAGUUUGGGGUUUCGGGAGCAGGGAAAUCACGGAUCCCCGCUCCUGGCCCUCGCCUCGCCGCCUCAUUGAUGGGCAACCAACUGGACCGCAUCACCCACCUCAACUACAGCGAGCUGCCCACCGGAGACCCGUCAGGGAUUGAAAAGGACGAGCUGCGGGUCGGGGUCGCUUAUUUCUUCUCGGAUGAAGAGGAGGACUUGGACGAACGCGGCCAGCCCGACAAGUUCGGCGUGAAGGCACCCCCGGGCUGCGCCCCCUGCCCGGAGAGCCCCAGCCGCCACCACCACCACCAUCACCACCACCACCUGCUGCACCAGCUGGUCCUCAACGAAACUCAGUUCUCCGCCUUUCGGGGCCAGGAAUGCAUCUUUUCCAAAGUGAGCGGCGGCCCGCAGGGCGCCGACCUGAGCGUCUACGCGGUCACUGCCCUGCCGGCGCUCUGCGAGCCAGGCGACCUGCUGGAGCUGCUGUGGCUGCAGCCCGCGCCGGAGCCGCCCGCGCCCGCCCCGCACUGGGCCGUGUACGUGGGCGGCGGGCAGAUCAUCCACCUGUGCCAAGGCGAGAUCCGCCAGGACAGCCUGUACGAGGCGGGCGCGGCCAACGUGGGCCGGGUGGUGAAUAGCUGGUACCGCUACCGUCCCCUGGUGGCUGAGCUGGUGGUGCAGAACGCCUGCGGCCACCUGGGCCUCAAGAGCGAAGAGAUCUGCUGGACGAACUCGGAGAGCUUCGCCGCCUGGUGCCGCUUCGGCAAGCGGGAGUUCAAGGCGGGCGGGGAGGUGCCGGCCGGCACGCAACCCCCGCAGCAGCAGUACUAUCUCAAGGUGCACCUGGCCGACAACAAGGUGCACACGGCCAGGUUUCACAGCCUGGAAGACCUCAUCCGCGAGAAGCGCCGCAUAGACGCCAGCGGCCGCCUGCGGGUGCUCCAGGAGCUCGCGGACCUCGUGGAUGACAAGGAGUAGCAGUAG